AAGUGAUAAUGUGAUAGUAUUGGUGGCACUUCAAGCACUCAGAGCGGUAUCAAAAAAUAUCCAAAGCAGAAACUUCAAAAUUCUGGGAGACAGGUUAAUCCACAAACACUCUCAUAAUUGUUGCUCUUCUAUGACAGUCUUGCUUCUCUGCUCCUCAACAACCACAUGUUGUAACAACGGUAUGUCAUUCUGCUAUACUUUGACUGAUACUAAUUUCUAUGUUCUCACCAAUCAUGGAGGACCAACCACCAAUUUUGUCAAAAUCAAAACUUUAUCAAAUGGGUCGUUGUUAAAUUUGAAGAAACAUGGAACAACACGUGUGGGUCAUCGUGCAUUUAGGACUAUAACUAGAUGUAACCAUGACAAUGAUUUGGUUGUUGUAAAUAAUGGCAAGAGAAAGAAGAACAAAACUAGCGUGUCUGAAGAAGAAGUUAUGACCAUUUUGAAGUCUAUUUCAGAUCCAAAUUCUGCUUUUUCAUACUUUAAGAUAGUUUCUCAGUUGACUAAUUUUGUGCAUACCACUGAUGCAUGCAAUUACAUGCUAGAGAUUUUGAGAGAACAAAGGAGAAUUGAGGAUAUGGUUUUUGUGUUUGAUUUGAUGCAAAAGAAAGUUAUUUACAGGAAUUUGACUACAUACAUGACUAUUUUCAAGGCUCUUUCGAUUAAAGGCGGGAUUGGAAGAGCGCCUUUUGCGCUUAGAAAGAUGACGGAAGUUGGGUUUAUUUUGAAUGCAUAUUCAUAUAAUGGGUUGAUUCAUUUACUGUUACCUGGUUUUUGUAACGAGGCUUUGAAGGUUUACAAAAGAAUGAUCUCAGAAGGGAUGAAGCCUAGCAUGAAGACAUACUCGGCGUUAAUGGUUGCAUUAGGGAGGAGAGGGGACACCAGGAAGAUUAUGAAUUUAUUGGAAGAAAUGAAGAGUAUUGGUUUGAGGCCGAAUAUUUACACGUAUACAAUAUGUAUUAGAGCGCUUGGGAGGGCGAGGAGAAUUGACGAUGCAUGGGGGAUUUUCAAGGAAAUGGACGAUGAAGGAUGCGGGCCUGAUGUUAUCACUUAUACGGUUCUGAUCGAUGCUCUUUGUGCUGCAGGAAAACUUGACAAGGCCAAGGAAUUAUAUGUAAAGAUGAGAGCUAGCAGUCACAGUCCGGAUCGUGUAACAUACAUUACAUUGAUGGACAAGUUUGGUAAAGUUGGGGACUUGGAAACCGUGAAAAGAUUCUGGAAUGAGAUGGAGGUAGAUGGUUAUGCUCCCGACGUGGUUACCUACACUAUACUUAUCGAGGCUUUAUGCAAAUCCGGGGAUGUUGAUCGGGCGUUUGAUAUGUUAGAUGUGAUGACAACAAAAGGAAUUUUUCCAAAUCUUCAUACUUAUAACACAAUGAUCUGUGGACUUUUGAAGGCAAGAAGAUUGGAUGAGGCAUUAGAACUUCUUGAAAAUAUGGAAUCUUUGGGCGUUAAACCAACCGCUUUUUCUUAUGUUCUUUUCAUUGAUUAUUAUGGAAAAUCUGGUGAUCCUGCAAAAGCUAUUGACACCUUUGAAACAAUGAAAAAGAGAGGAAUUAUGCCCAGCAUAGCAGCGUGUAAUGCGUCUUUAUAUACUCUUGCAGAGACGGGUAGGAUCAGUGAAGCUGAAGAUAUAUUCAAUGAUCUUCACAAGUGUGGCCUUUCGCCGGAUUCAGUAACCUAUAACAUGUUGAUGAAGUGCUAUAGCAAAGCGGGGCAAAUUGACAAAGCCACACAACUUUUGUCAGAGAUGAUAAGCAAGGGGUGUGAACCAGAUGUAAUGAUAAUCAAUUCUUUAAUCAACACACUUUACAAAGCUGGCCGAGUUGAUGCGGCGUGGAAGAUGUUUGGGAGACUGAAGAAUUUGAAGCUAGCUCCUACGGUUGUGACAUACAACAUUUUACUUACUGGUCUUGGGAAAGAGGGAAAAAUCCUGAAGGCCCUUGAAUUAUUUGGGAGUAUGACAGAGUCUGGAUGCCCUCCAAAUACAAUAACUUUUAACUCGCUCCUCGAUUGUCUUUCCAAGAAUGAUGCAGUUGAUUUGGCUUUGAAGAUGUUUUGUAGAAUGACAAUGAUGAACUGUAAUCCUGAUGUUCUGACAUACAACACUAUCAUCUAUGGUUUGAUAAGAGAAGGAAGAAUUGAUUACGCGUUCUGGUUUUUCCAUCAGAUGAAGAAAUUUCUUUCACCUGAUUAUGUAACUUUGUGCACACUCAUUCCCGGUGUUGUAAGGCAUGGAAGGGUUGAGGAUGCAAUCAAGGUUGUAAUGGAAUUUGUACACCAGGCAUGUUUACAGACAAAUUCACAAUUCUGGGGUGAACUAAUGGAAUGUAUUUUAACCGAAGCAGAAAUUGAAGAAGCCAUUUCAUUUGCUGAAAUAUUGGUAUGCAAUUCUGUUUGCCAAGAUGAUCAUGUAAUGUUACCUCUAAUUAAAGUCCUGUGUAAGCGGAAAAAAGCCCUCGAUGCUCAAAAUGUAUUUGACAAAUUCACCAAAAACUUGGGAAUUCACCCAACCCUAGAAUCAUACAAUUGCCUGAUGGAUGGACUUCUUGGAUCUAAUUUCACUGAAAAGGCUCUAGAACUUUUUGAGGAUAUGAAGAGCGCAGGUACUCAUCCUAACAAUUUUACUUACAAUUUGUUGCUUGAUGCUCACGGUAAAUCCAAGAGGAUCAAUAAACUUUAUGAUCUGUACAGUGAGAUGCGUUCUAGAGGAUGCGAGCCAAAUGCUAUAACCCAUAACAUUAUCAUCUCCGCGCUUGUGAAAUCUAAUAAUUUGAAUAAAGCUUUGGAUUUAUAUUAUGAACUCAUGAGUGGUGAUUUCUCUCCCACUCCUUGUACAUAUGGUCCUCUUAUAGAUGGUCUUUUAAAAGCUGGAAGAUCCGAGCAAGCAAUGAAAAUUUUCGAGGAGAUGUUAGAUUAUGGAUGCGGGCCCAACAGUGUUAUUUACAAUAUUCUUAUCAACGGAUUUGGGAAAUCGGGUGAAAUUGAUUUUGCUUGUGAAUUGUUCAAAAAGAUGGUUAAAGAAGGAAUCAGGCCAGAUUUGAAAUCUUACACCAUUCUUGUAGAAUGUCUGUGCAUAACUGGUAGAAUUGAUGAAGCUGUUCAGUAUUUUGAGGAACUAAAGUUGACUGGGCUUGAUCCUGAUACGGUUUCGUACAAUUUUAUUAUCAACGGGCUUGGAAAAUCACGUAGAUUGGAUGAAGCUCUUUCUCUCUUUAGUGAAAUGAAGAAUAGAGGAAUUUCUCCUGAUCUUUAUACUUACAAUGCAUUGAUUUUACAUCUUGGAAUUGCUGGAAAGGUAGACGUCGCUGUAAAGAUGUAUGAGGAACUACAACUUGUGGGUCUUGAACCGAGUGUUUUCACUUAUAAUGCUCUCAUUCGUGGUCAUAGUUUGUCAGGCAAUAAAGAUCAAGCCUUCUCUGUCUUCAAAAAGAUGAUGGUUGUCGGUUGUAGCCCCAACACGGAAACAUUUGCACAACUGCCUAAUAAGUGUUGAUAUUUACUAUUAUCGCAUGCCAGUGUAUAUGUAACCAUUUUUUGUGUAAGUUUCUGGUCUCAAAAGGGUGGCAUGAAAGUAAAUUGUAAAGGCAGAUCCCCGAGCAGGCCUGGUACAUAAUCCAUUUGGAGCUGUUUUCAUUGGGCUUUUCUUUAUCUUCACCUCAAUCCGUUUGAAUCAGUUUUACUACAUCUUUAGGUUCCUUUUUUUGGUCUUCAUCAAUCCUUGUCAUCACUUGUGCUGAAAUAACCCAUUGCACUCUGCUACUUCCAGUUGUGCAGUGAGGAUUACCUGUGGUGGUGGCGGUCAAAUAAAUAGAUCAUCAUAUUAUCUUCUGGUUCCCCUGCACAAGUAAUCUUAAAUGGUAGCAUAUUGGCAGUGGCGGUACUUUUUAUCUAAAAUGUUGGCUAAAUGGUAUUUUUAUUCAUUUGCAAAAAGAUACAGUUGUUCAUAAUUUAGGUAGAGUAUCUGUGUUAUUAGUUAAUCUUUAUAUUUGUAUUGUUGUUCGUAUGUUUCUUGACCAGUCGGUUUCUUUCCCUUAAAAAAAGGCCAGAUUGUUAGUUAA